CAGGACAACGCGGGGAGUUGAGCAAACAGUCUCCAGAUGAGAGUGAAACUUCUCACACGUUAGGCUGCAGAAAAAGCGAACGGUGUUUGCGUUUAUUUUUCUAGCAAGAAAGUCAUUUUUAAUACCGUUGAAAAAAUGUCCAGCGGUCAGUUUAACAAGGGACCGGCUUAUGGUCUGACUGCAGAAGUGAAAAGCAAAAUUGCUCAGAAGUACGAUGUACAGAAAGAGGAGGAGCUGCGGGUCUGGAUCGAGGACGUCACGGGCAAGCGGAUCGGAGCCGACUUUCAGAAGAGCUUGAAGAGCGGAACCAUUCUGUGCGAACUGAUUAACAUCCUCCAGCCGGGCUCAGUGAACAAGAUCAGCGAGUCUGAAAAGAACUGGCACCAGCUGGAGAAUCUGACCAACUUUAUUAAAGCCAUCACAGCCUAUGGACUGAAGCCCCACGAUAUCUUCGAAGCGAACGACUUGUUUGAAAGUGGAAACAUGACCCAGGUUCAGACCACGCUCCUGGCCUUAGCUGGCAUGGCAAAGACCAAAGGCAUCCAGUCUCGAGUGGAUAUCGGAGUGAAAUACGCAGACAAGCAGAAGCGUGCCUUUGACGAGGAGAAGAUGAAGGCAGGAAACUGUGUCAUUGGGCUGCAGAUGGGUACCAAUAAGUGUGCUAGCCAGGCGGGGAUGAAUGCUUACGGCACAAGGAGACACCUGUACGACCCCAAGGCUCACAUCGAGCCCCCAAUGGACAGCUCCACCAUCGGCCUGCAGAUGGGAACUAACAAGGGGGCCAGCCAGACUGGCAUGACCGCCCCUGGCACCAGACGUGCCAUCUACGACCAGAAACUGGGCACGGAGAAGUGCGACAACAGCACCAUGUCCCUACAGAUGGGUUACACCCAGGGAGCCAAUCAGAGCGGGCAGAAUUUCGGCCUGGGCAGACAGAUCUACGAUGCCAAGUACUGCCCCAAGAGCGAGCUGGGAGAGAAUGAAGCAGCUGUGGGCAUAAGCUACAACCAGGAGUACCAGGAUGAGGGCUACCAGGGAUACCAAGAGGAUGGGCAGGACUAGUUACCCUGACAAAGAAGGCCACGA